AUUCAGCGGCAACGGGCGCCAAAAGCGGCACAAGAAAACCGAACGAAACGGCAGGCCGGAAAAGCCCAGUGAAAAACAUCGUACAUUUUAGCGUGUGGAAAAGCAAGCGAGCGGCGCCAGUGUGAAAAAUCGAGACGUGUGCGCGCGUGUGUGUGUGUUGCAGGCAGGCAGUGGAAAUUGCGGACAGGAAACCGCGUUUCGUUUACAUUUGCCGUUCCAGCACACAGAAAUUCUGCUUCCAGGUGUUAAAAUAAAUUUUAAAAAUAAAAAUCUUUUUUGGCUGGCACUUUUCUUGGAACUAUGCUAAAAAAUCAAGCGAAAAUCAUGCAAAUCAACGCUCAAGUGUGGCCAUAAUUAACUGCUCGAUAAACAUUUAACACACAAAAGGACAACGAAAAUCAUUAAAAAAAAAACUCCAAAUAAAAACCACACAAAAAAUACCGAGAAAAAUACACAAAUAAAAAAUAAAAAAAAAAAAAAAACAAUUCAGCAGUUCCAAAGCAUGUGGCAUGUGGCAUGUAGCAUUAUAGUCAUCAAAGUGGCAUUGCCAUACCAACAUUAAAAUGCAAUUUAACGCGCUCGCGAUUGUCAGUGAUUGUCAAACUGUUACCUCCCUCCCGCCCCGACGGCAUAUGCGUCGCGCCGCUUCGCUCUUAUCUCGUCGUGCCCGUCUCUGUCGCACUUGCAUGGGAUUAAUAUUUUUGUAAAUAUCAAUCCGGCCAGCAGCAGCAGCAACAGCUGCGGCUACGCAUUAAACAGACAAGCAACGCAACGCACAAAAAAAAAAAAAUAAAUAAAUAAAACAAAAACCCACAAAAAGAAUUAAACCAAAAAAGGAAAAUCAACGUUAAAAAAAAAUAAGGAAAAACGAGGAAAAAAGCACUGCAAACACGGUCAAACAUGUCGACCAUAAAGCUGCUCAUUAUCGGCAAACUUUGGCUUUGGAUUGGCCUGCUGAUUGGAGUGGUGCAACAGAUCAGAGGGGAUGAUUCGCUGGAUACACGUGAAGGCGUCGAUCUGGUGCUCAAGUGCCGUUUCACCGAGCAUUACGAUUCGACUGACUUCACCUUCUACUGGGCCCGUUGGACAUGUUGUCCCACAUUGUUCGAGAACGUGGCCAUUGGCGAUGUGCAGCUCAAUUCGAAUUAUCGCUUGGACUUUCGACCGGGUCGCGGCAUUUACGAUCUGCAAAUAAAGAAUACCUCCUACAAUCGUGACAAUGGACGCUUCGAGUGCCGCAUUAAGGCCAAAGGAACCGGGGCGGAUGUGCACCAAGAGUUCUACAAUUUGACGGUGCUGACGGCCCCACAUCCGCCGAUGGUCACGCCGGGCAACAUUGCGGUGGCCACCGAGGAGAAGCCUUUGGAGUUGACCUGCAGCAGCAUUGGCGGCUCGCCGGAUCCCAUGAUAACCUGGUAUCGUGAGGGCAGCACCGUGCCACUGCAGUCGUAUGCUCUAAAGGGCGGCUCCAAGAACCACUACACAAACGCCACACUACAGAUUGUACCCAGACGGGCCGACGAUGGCGCCAAAUACAAAUGUGUCGUUUGGAAUCGUGCCAUGCCGGAGGGCCAUACGCUCGAGACCAGCGUCUCUCUAAACGUCAACUAUUACCCUCGAGUGGAGGUGGGCCCACAGAACCCCAUGCGCAUUGAACGCGAUCAUGUUGCCAAGCUGGAGUGCCGUGUGGACGCCAAGCCGAUGGUCAGCAAUGUGCGUUGGUCACGCAACGGCCAGUAUGUGAGUGCCACGCCCGUGCAUACGAUCUAUCGUGUGAAUCGCCAUCAUGCCGGCAAGUACACCUGCAGUGCGGACAAUGGCCUGGGCAAGACCGGCGAGAAGGACAUCGUUCUCGAUGUGCUCUAUCCGCCAAUUGUUGUCAUCGAAUCGAAGACGCACGAGGCCGAGGAGGGCGAGACCGUGCUGGUGCGCUGCAAUGUGACCGCCAAUCCGUCGCCGAUUACCAUCGAAUGGCUGAAGGAGGGUGCACCCGAUUUCCGUUAUACGGGCGAGCUGCUCACCCUCGUCGCGGUGCGGGCGGAGCAUGCGGGCAACUACAUCUGCCGCUCGGUGAACAUCAUGCAGCCGUUCAACACGAAGCGUGUCGAGGGUGUGGGCAACUCUACGGUGGCGCUGCUGGUCCGCCAUCGUCCCGGCCAGGCGUACAUUACGCCCAACAAGCCGGUGGUGCAUGUGGGCAAUGGUGUGACGCUCACCUGUUCGGCCAGUCCGCCCGGCUGGCCGGUGCCGCAGUAUCGCUGGUUCCGCGACAUGGACGGCGAUGUGGGCAACACCCAGAAGAUACUCGCCCAGGGACCACAGUUCUCCAUACCCAAAGCGCAUCUGGGCAACGAGGGCAAGUACCAUUGCCAUGCGGUCAAUGAGCUGGGCAUUGGCAAGAUUGCCACCAUCAUACUGGAGGUGCAUCAGCCGCCGCAGUUCCUGGCCAAGCUGCAGCAGCACAUGACGCGCCGCGUCGGCGAUGUGGACUAUGCGGUGACGUGCAGUGCCAAGGGCAAACCGACGCCACAGAUCCGCUGGAUCAAGGAUGGCACCGAAAUUCUGCCCACCCGCAAGAUGUUCGACAUCAGGACGACGCCCACAGACGCUGGCGGCGGCGUGGUGGCCGUCCAGACCAUCCUGCGUUUCCGGGGCAAGGCCCGACCCAAUGGGAAUCAACUGUUGCCCAGCGAUCGGGGCCUGUACACGUGCCUGUACGAGAACGAUGUGAACUCGGCCAACUCGUCGAUGCAUCUGCGGAUCGAGCACGAACCGAUCGUCAUCCAUCAGUAUAAUAAGGUGGCCUACGAUAUGCGCGAGUCCGCCGAGGUGGUGUGUCGCGUCCAGGCCUAUCCCAAGCCCGAAUUUCAAUGGCAAUUCGGCAACAAUCCCUCGCCCCUGACCAUGUCCUCGGAUGGACAUUACGAGAUAAGCACCCGGAUGGAAAACAAUGACAUUUACACCUCCAUUUUGCGCAUUGCACAUCUGCAGCACUCCGACUAUGGGGAGUACAUCUGCAGGGCGGUCAAUCCGUUGGAUAGCAUUCGAGCGCCCAUCAAACUGCAGCCGAAGGGACAGCCGGAAAAGCCCACCAAUCUCAAGGUGCUGGAAGUGGCUCACAAUUUUGCGGUACUCGCCUGGCUGCCCGGCUUCAAUGGCGGCUUUAUGAGCACCAAAUAUUUGGUUAGCUAUCGCCGCGUGGCCACGCCCAGGGAACAGCUGCUGGCGGACUGUUCGGGCCAUGGCUAUAUACCCAGCUAUCAGGUGUCGUCCAGUGCCGCGAAUGUGGCCGCCCACGAGUGGAUUGAGUUCAAUUGCUUCCGCGAGAAUCCCUGCAAGCUGGCGCCCCUCGAUCAGCAUCAGAGCUACAUGUUCAAGGUGUACGCCCUCAAUGCCAAGGGCACCUCGGGCUACUCCAAUGAAGUGCUGGCCACCACAAAGGUCAGCAAGAUCCCGCCGCCGCUGCAUGUCAGCUAUGAUCCCAAUUCGCAUGUCCUGGGCAUCAAUGUGGCUGCCACAUGUCUGUCCCUCAUUGCUGUCGUCGAGUCGCUGGUGACGCGCGACGCCACGGUGCCCAUGUGGGAGAUUGUCGAGACGCUGACGCUGCUGCCCUCGGGCAGUGAGACGACAUUCAAGGAGGCGGUCAUCAAUCACAUGGCACGCACCGCACACUACACAACGGCCACGGCAUCGUCUUCGUCAUCGUCAUCGGGCAGGAAUGGGGCACAUUUGGGCGAGGAUCGCACCAUGGCACUGGCAGAGACAGCAGGACCCGGACCCGUGGUGCGCGUAAAGCUCUGCCUGCGCUCCAAUCACGAACAUUGCGGGGCCUAUGCGAAUGCAGAAAUUGGAAAAUCCUACAUACCCAACAAUUCGUCCAUCACCACCUCGGCGCUGGUGGCCAUCGUUAUUGCUUCGUUAUCCUUUCUGGUGUUUUUGGCUUUGCUUUAUGCCUUUUGUCGCUGUCGGCGUACGCAUGCCGCCAAAAAGCAAGCAGCCGGUGGCACUGCCACAACGACAACCACAACAACAACGACGACGACGACAACGGGGCCCGGGGCCAAGGAGUAUGACCUGGACGAUACCCCAACAUCCGCUUCUGACCCGCAGCAAUCCCAACAGCAGCAACAGCCACCGAAUCUGCCGCCACCACCGCCGUAUUAUCCCAGUGGCACUUUGGACAGCAAGCAAGACGGCAGCGGUGGCAUGGAGCUGACCCUUACGGCCCUGCACGAUCCUGACGAGCAGCUGAAUAUGCAACAGCAGCAGCAGCAGCAGCAGAACGAAGCUCUACACAGCGGAGGAAUGUACCAUCAGCCACAGGCGGCAGCAUCGGCCAAAGCCAUUUUGGGGCUCUACGGUGGCGGCGGUGGCGGCGGCGGUGGCAGCCAGCACUCGAAUGGCUAUGGCUAUCAUGUGACAAGUGCCAUUGGUGUGGAUGGCGACAGCUAUCAAGUGAUGCCGUCCGCAGCAGCAGCAGCAGCAGCGGCAGCAGGAGGACAUGGUGCAGGCGAGUCAGGACCACUUGAGGCGACACCAGUAGCCAGCGGCAACAACAACAGCAACCAAAAGCAACAGCAGCAGAAACUACAACAAAAUUCAGCACGCGCCAAUCUAACGAAGCAACCCACCACCAUCAGCAACAUCACCAACACCAUCUCCAACAACACCACCAAGAACCCUCUCACCACCAAGAACCCUCCUCACACUCACACUCACAGCCCCCCACUCACAGCCCCCCACAACUCCAAUGCCAACACCUCAAACUCAACCUUAAAGCGGAAGAACCAUCUGGGAAUAGAGAGGGAGAGGGCGGCGGCUAUGCUGACCGCAGCCACGGCGGCAACAACCACAGCUCUGGCAACCACCAUUACAACAACAUCACGUAAUGCCAAAACCGCAACAACAACUACAACGCUGGCCAUCACAGGGUCGAGCAACAAUUCGAAUGAGAAUAACUACAGUAAUGCCAGGGAUCUGUCGCAGGAGGCUCUGUGGCGGCUCCAAUUGGCUGCGGCCCAAUCCCAGCAAAUCUAUGUGGAACGACCGCCAUCGGCGUUCAGCGGUUUGGUGGAUUACAGCGGCUAUCCGCCGCACAUUCAGACCGUCACCAGUUCGCUGAGUCAACAGAAUUUCGGACAGUCGGUUGGUGUAGCAGGUGCAUCGGGAACGCAGCCCCUGGCACCGCACGAAAUGCUGCAGGCGGCCCAGCGGUAUGGCACACUGAGGAAGUCGGGAAAACAGCCACCUCUGCCACCGUUGCGCAAGGAUCUACAGCACCAGCAGCAGCAGCAGCAACAGAAGCCGCAACAGCAGCAAUUAGCGGAUAUAAUACAGGAUUUGGCAAAUUAAACUAAUUGCCAGUUAAGGAGAGACAACAACCACAGCAGCAACAACAGCAACAACAGCAACAGAGCAACAUUUUGAAAUUAGCAUUUAAGUAAGUAUACCACACAAAAAAAGAUUAAAACAAUUUGAAUUUUAAGUUGUUUAAGUGGCGUGAAAUUUGCCAACAAAAAAGCAAAACUAAAAACCAAGAGAAAAACUCUUCACAAAUGGAAAAUGAACAGUAAGAAAAUGAGCCUAUUUCGACCAAAAAAAAAAACAUAAGAAGAAAAAAAAGUAUUGUAAAUGUAUAAUAUAGAAAAAUACACAGAAAUACCAAGAAAAUACCACACAAAAUACUAAAAGUAUGCUAAGAAAAAUACUAUAAAUAUACCAAAAACUAGUAUUUAACUUGAAUUAGUGGUACAGACAUUAUAUUCCAUUAUUAGUUUUUAAGUGUUUUUUGAUUGAUUUUAAUUUUAGUGAAGUUUUUAUCGCCAUCAAAGUAUGCUACAUUGUCCUGCUACUAUCUAUGCUGCAUUUCAGAAAAGAUUUCCAAAAGAAGUAACACAAAAACACCAGAAAAUAUAGUAAAUAUACUACAACAAAAUAUGCUAUAAACACUGCAAUCCAACACAAACUUGUACAAACCAAAUACCAUAUAAUAUACCAAAGAAAACACUGCAAUAAAACUGCAGUAAAAUUAAGCCACAAAGCGAAUACAUAUAUAUUAUUUUGUUGGGAGUGCCACUGACACUUUAUUUCCACUCAGAUUUUCGGCAUUUAUAAUAAUAAUAUUUUUUUUUGUUGGUUAUUUUAUUGACAGAGCAUUUUAUUUCGAGCCUGUGGCCAAACUAUUGAGGUCUAUCGCGGAGGGCGAGGAUAUACAAAAGCGCAAUAACACCACCAUAAUAUUCUGGUGAAAUUGUUAUUCUGGUCCAUUGUUUAAACGAAAAACAUAGCCAAACAAAAAAGCCACCUUUUGAGGUUUUCCUCUAACAUUUGGUUUAUUUUUUUUUUUUUUUCGUUUUGUGGAAUAUAUGGAAAUUUUUGUUUGGUUUGGUUUAAAUCAAAUAAAAGAGACAAAAUGUGCAUUUAAUUGCUUUUGCAACACCCAAAAAUAGAGGAGAGAGAAAUAUGGAAAAUCAAACUGUAUCCAAAGGGAAAAUUUUCGUAUAGGAUGAAAAAGUGUAGAGUUUUCUGCGCUGUUGCGCUGCAGCACUGCGCGCUCCUCAUUAGCUUUUGUCUCUAUUGGGGCAUUAAAUUGCAAAACGAAUAUUUGUUUGCACGGAUCGACUAAUUGCGCUGCUAAUUUCAAUUGUUCUCCAUUGUCAGCGUUUACAAUAAUGCAAAAAUUGUAAUUACAAAUUAACAAUUGGUCCAGUGUUGCGUGUUGCUGGUCGCAUGUCCCCUCGGCGACCUGACCUGACCUCCUACUCGGGUGCAAAAUUAGAUUGUGUAAAUUUGCAAAUUAAUUUGCCAAUGGACAAAGCCCUCAGCGCCACUCACAAAAUCAGCAGUGCUAUCACGGAUCGAAUCUCAGUUCAAUGACAAAAUCAGAGUACAUAAAUUUCCAUUCAUUUUGAAGCGAUUUCUGCUUGCAUGAUGAGUUUUUUUUUACAGGCGGUAGAUCCCACAUAAAUCCAAAGAGUUUUCUACUGGCGAUAUUUUAUUUUUUCCAUAGAAUAGAAUAACUUAUUGGAAUAAAAAUAGUGGCAUCAUUAAGUAGCAGCAGCUUUGCUCUGCAAAAAUCUGUAAAUAGUAUAUAACGACCUUGGUCACUGGUUGGUUGCAGGUUAUUCAAUUGUUGCAACUAAAAGUUGAAACAUUAAGCUGCCAGUCAAAAUGGAGUCCAAAUGAGAGUUGCAUUUAAAUUCUAGUAUUACCAAAUAAAAUACAGUAUAAAUACACAGACAGACAGACAGACAGAACACAACAGAACAGGCAAAAACCACA